GUGCGGAUCUUUGGUGUCGUGACAGUAUGGCUCCACCUUCCUGUUUCCAGCCAAUCAUGUGUCAUCAGGAGUGUUUAAAAGGAAUACUUAUAAAACAGAAUGACUAUGCAAACACCAUCCUGUUCCCACUUCAUUAUGUCUUGUCAGGUGUCUUCAAAGGCCCCAGGACCAUCUCCAAACGUGGACUGAGGCAGACCAAGAGCCUGGACCCGGCGCUGAUGAGGCACUACGGCGCGGAGAGCACAUCCUACCAGGGAGGCUUCACAUGGAACAGCGUAUCAGGACGCUCCGUGGGUCUGAAGCCCGUCCCGCUGCAAAGCCUCUCCGAGCUGGAGAGGGUUCGUCUCCAGGACGUCGCCUUCAGGCGACUCCUUCGCGAUCAGAACCUGGGUUGCCACGUCACCAUCCCCAAAUAUGGUCACAAAUACAAGAAGUCACUAAGGCGAAAACUUGAUUCCCUUUCUAAGGAGAAGAGUAAAGACAAAGAGGCGACGCCCCAGGCCUUCAGCAUCCCGCUGGCGCAGGUCAUUUGCAACGACCGCACGCACAAGCUGCGUCACGACCCGCCGCACGAGCAGCACUGUGACCCCACCGAGCUGGUGCUGUCCUUCCUCCACUUCACCUCCACCUUCAAGAGGGCCAACAAGGAGCUGUCGAGCAGCAACUCCUCGCUCAGCUCCAACUCGGAGAGUCCCAAUAAGUCGCCGUUCGCUCAAGCGGCCGACGCAGCGCCACGGACGCGGAGGAGGGGCGGCGUGUCGGUUGACUGCAUCACCGACCUGGACGAUAACCAGUCACAGCUCUUGGAGGCCCUCCAGCUGUCGCUACCAGUGGAGGCGGCGGGCAAAAACAGGAAGAAGAGGCAUGACAAAAAGCUGAGCCUCAACCCCUUGUACCCUCAAGUGCCCAAGGUGGUGGAGCUCUGCUGCCAGCACCUGGAAAACCACGCUUUGCACACUGUGGGAAUUUUCCGUGUGGGGAGUUCCAAGAAGAGGGUGAGGCAGAUGCGUGAUGAGCUGGAUCAGGGAUGGGAGUUGCAUUUGGACGAGCAGUACAGCGUUCACGAUGUGGCGGCUUUGCUGAAAGAAUUCCUCCGCGACAUGCCAGACCCUCUGUUGACGAGAGAGCUCUACGCGGCGUUUAUCAACACGACGUUGUUGGAGUGGGCCGAGCGACAGAAGGCCAUCCAGCUCUUGAUGUUCUUGCUUCCUCCCUGCAACUGUGACACGCUGCACCGCCUCCUCUGCUUGCUCUCCUCCGUGGCCGCCCAUGCCGACGACAUGCUGGACGAGGAUGGAUGCAAGAAACCGGGAAACAAGAUGACCGCGUUAAACUUGGCCACCAUCCUGGGACCCAACCUCUUGCACAAGCAGAAAAACCCCGACAAGGAGUUUGCAGUCCAGAGUUUAGCCCGCGCCGAAGAGAGCAGCGCCAUCAUCUGCGUACUCCAAAGCAUGAUCAGUGCGUGUGACUCCCUGUUUCUGGUUCCUGCUGAGCUGCAGAACGAGGUGCUGCUCAGCCUCCUAGAAACCGAUCCGGAUGUCGUGGACUACUUACUGAGGCGGAAGGAUACACAGUACUUCGAUUCGGGCCUAGUCAGAUCGCGUAAUUCCUCCCUGACGGAGAGGUGCUCCUCCAACGAGUCCUUGUCCAGCGGCGAGGCGUCCCCCUACGACAACAGUUCCCCCGUCCUGUCCGAGCGGCUCCUGUUGCUGGAGGACGACGAGGCGCUCUCGCACUGCGGCUCCGAGCGCGCCUCCAAAAGCUCGCCAACUACCGAAGAGGCCUUGGAGGAUCACUUCUGGGACACCUGGCAUCCGCUUUUCAGCAAGAACGUUAUUGACCUCAACAUCAACGGCUCCCUCGGAGACAUCUCUGAAUGGAAGUCGUUUGGAUCGUCUGAGGGGCUGAGCGGUCACCAAGGUAACAGCCCGACACAAACCUCAUUGGACGCUUCAGAACGCAGGCCACACCUCCCCGCGGCUCGCAGCAGCAGCAGCAGCAGCACCGAAGGCCCUGGCGACCAGACAGAACCCCGGCAACCAUUACCUUCAUCACAUCGGGUGGCCAUCAGGUCGGACGACCCGACGGACCUGAUGAGUCGCCCCGUCGAUCCGAUCCCCGCAGAUAGAAGAGAUUGUUUGUUUCGGCCUCUCAGCGAGACGCACGUUUCUUAUUCGGCGCCUCCCGUCGGUCUGACGCGCCCGCCCCAGACUCACGGCGGAAACACCAGAACUGCACCAGAACGGGCCUCUGGGAAAGCGAACGGCCAUAUAUGGCAGAUCCUGUCGACAAACAAUGGAGAUGGACUGCCCGAAACUCUGGUGUGAUGAAUUCAUUCACUCAGUCCUACUUCCCUUAUUGUAUUAUAUACUAUGUAUAUAAAUAUAUAUAUGGAUUGCAUACAUGUAAGAUUAUUCUACCGUCAUGCUUUUAUCAUCAAUGUAUCUGACACGUGUUUUCUAAAUCUUUGAUAAAAUGCAUAAAUGUAUUUUAUAUUUAAUAACUUAAUUCUCAGCUAUGAAGGUUCAUGUAAAAAAAAAUGGUUAAUAAUUUGGCAUUGGAAACAAUACAAAGAAUGUAGUGUUGCAUAAAAUACUGGAUUACAAUUUCGUAGAAAUCCAAGAGUUAAUAAUUCUACUCCGAUGCAUUUUUUAAACCAAUAUAUUGAAACUUUGUUGUUAACCACAUUUCUAUUAUUUUUUUAGCUGUUUUUUUCCAGCAAUUUUUCUGUAUUAAACAUUAUCUUCAAUCUA